UGAAAAAUCACGUUGUUAAAAUACGUGGUGUCAGAAGUGCUCUGGAGAGCUCCGCCUACAUUUUCCUCAUUUUUCAAUUCGAACAGAAGUUUCCCGCGCCAUUUUUUCUCCUCCGAGGAUUUCGGAAGGAUGCUACUUAAAACAAAACUUGGUGAUGUCCAGAAGUUUGUAAGAAUAACAGAGCUUAAUCUUACAGAGUUUCUGAAUGCAGCAUUUGCAAAGUUUGGUGUCCCACCUGUAACAGAAGGUGUGAAAGUUUUUGACAGUUCUGGGACAGAGGUGGAUGAGGAUGUUUUUGAGGAUAUAGUAAAUGAUCCCUCAACUGGGGUGUUAACCAUCAAAUUUGAUACAGAGUCUAUCUCCACUGUGGCUUCUCCUGAGUAUUCUCAACCGUCAUCCCUUAAUUCAUUGGACUUGUAGGAGACGGUCAUCAUUCCAGAUAGCCCUUCCAGAAAACGCCAGAGGCUGGAUGCAGAAGCCAAGCAAUACAUCACCACCCAGACAGGUGAAAGAAAAGUAUGCCAGAGGAAUUGUGACCUUAUUCCCGUACCUCAGUGACCCAUACUCUAGGAAUGGCUAUGAGCACUAUUAUGAUGGUGAGAGUGGCAGUGGAUAUCUUGCUUGGAGGAUUAAAACGAUUCAGAGAGGCUCUGCUAAAGACAGACGAGCAUCUUUUGGAGAUUCAGCAGAAGGACCAUCUGGUAAAGACAUUUCUGGAGGACCAACUGUCAGACGAGAGUCCCAAUACAUACCAGAUACUACCCUCAGUGAAGAUCAGUGCAAGGAAGCGAUCUCGUUGAUGAAACAUUCGACGGAUGAGGACACUGUGAUGAAGAAAAUGAAGCUGACAUUUGCCUAUCGCCACAACUUGGUCCUCAACCCGCAGCAUUCAAACAACAUACUCUCAGAUUUCCCACGUUUUAAAGACGUCAAAGGCUUGAUUGAACAGGAUUUCAUUCUGAUGUUUGGAGAGGAUGUAUCAGGCAAGCUUCUGGAGCGGUGGCCAACCACAUUUAAGAAAAAGAUCAUCAAAGAGUCCAGAAAGCUUCCGUCCAUCAGCGAGGUUGAAGAACUCCUCCUAGCUGCUGAUCCUCCUGAGGAUGCCACUGAAGUGGAUUUUGACUCUGCUUGGGACAGUGAUCUGGCAUCAAUUCUACUGCUGCUGCAUCUAAUUCCACCGACAGCGCAGGGUCGGAAGAGACCAGGCAAAGUUGCGGCCUCCCAAGCAGAAAAAACAUCUUGUUGUUUUCAAGAAGAGUGGAACAAGCAUCCAGGAACAUCUUGAUGCAAUCAGAACCAGCGCUCAGCCCUAUCUCCUGGCGGUCGGACCGAAGAAGAGUGAGCUCCACCAAUUCUUCAUAGUCCUUGACCAGAACGCCAAAACAUGCAGGUCAACCUCGUCCCUUGGUGCCUUCGAUGAACUCUUCAAGGCACAUUUUGUCUUUGGUACUUCGUACAACUCGAUGCUGCACAGCAUGUAUGUUUUUAUUCAGACUACAGUGUACAACAUUGAUGUUUCCAAAGUCAAAGAGAGUCCUCGUGUAGCUGAAAUUAGGGCAAGACUGCUUCGAUAGAGCUGAGUGCUGGUCGUUAAUACUUGAGAUUUCACUAUAAUGCAGUGUUUUGUUUGUAAGGCUGAGUUAGAUGGUUCAAAUAAGCUUGUUAGGCAUAUACGAUCAGUUCAUGGUAGGGGUGUAACGGCACACGGAAGUCACGGUUCGGUUCAUACCUCGGUUCGGACAUCACGGUUCGGUACGAGUUCGGUACAAUGGAGGGAAA